CAUUGUUAUCUUAAGACACUCAUCUGGUGUCUGAGUCUGCAGGUGACACUGGUUAGGUACGAUCGGGAAGUCGGAGUAGGGACGCGCCGAGCUGCAGUCCUAGGAUGGAAUCCGCCAGCCUGCCGAGCGACUAGCGGCUUGUCCCGCAGCGCCUCCGCUGAGCUCGGCGGCUUCGGGAGGACUUGGGGAAUGCACCUGCCGCGCGCUCCGAGGACACCCGCGGGUCCUCAGGCAGCCAAGGGAGCCCAGACGCUGGAGGAACCGUUUCUGCCCAUGUGCAAGGCUCAGAUUUCGGAUGUCAGGGCUGGUGAGUGUCAUUAGAGUUGGAGGGGGAAAAAAGAAAAAAAAAAAGGCAAGAUCUCGCGUUUCAUCUCGGUCGAGGGACAGGGGACUCCUCAGUUGGCUUCCCACUUUCCUCACCUCUCCCACGCCGCGUGCGACCCGGGCUUGCUUCGAUCCCACUUCGCAGAUGCUGUGGGUGCCUGGGAUGCUCGCUGCUCCGCGGAAAGGCAGCAGGCAAGUGGUCUAACCGCCGCCGCGGUGGCGGCGGCAACUGCAAAGCCCAGAGCUGGGGAAUUUGAAAAAAGACAUCCGUUCCCUCUCACAAGCUGAGGGGGAGGCAUUCGCAAUUCCCCAAAGGAGAAAGAGCCACAAGAAAUCAUGAAGUAAAAACUUUGGAAGGCUGCCACUGGAGAUGUUGCACAAAAAUCGGGCGUCUUUUAGGAGUCUCCUCGCGGUCCUUGGUGGUUUGGGGAGCAGCUGAUACAGCAAGAAGGGCUCUUGCAAGGAUUCAAGUUCGGAGCCCUGGAGGAGCAGCACGGAGCAGGAGAGUGUGGCGAGAGAAUGAAGACACUAACCGCCUGGGAGAAGCAUGAGGUGGCAGCGCAGCUCUCGGUUUAGAGGGCUUUGGCCGGAGGCCGCCCCAUGGGCCGUCCUGCUGGCACUAGGCGUGCCCGGGUGGGUGCUGGCUGUCUCGGCCACGGUGGCCGCUGUGGUCCCCGAACAGCAUGCCUCCACGGCCGGCCAGGCUCCCCUGGACUGGUUGCUCACAGAUCGAGGCCCCUUUCAUCGCGCCCAGGAGUAUGCUGAUUUCAUGGAGCGUUACCGCCAGGGGUUCACCACCAGGUACAGGAUCUACAGGGAGUUUGCCCGAUGGAAAGUGAACAACUUGGCCCUAGAAAGGAAAGACUUCUUCAGUUUGCCCCUGCCUCUCGCCCCCGAGUUUGUCCGCAACAUCCGCCUCCUUGGAAGGAGACCCAACCUGCAGCAGGUUACUGAAAACCUCAUCAAAAAGUACGGCACUCAUUUCUUACUUUCAGCCACUCUUGGAGGAGAAGAGUCCCUGACCAUUUUCGUGGACAAGAGGAAACUGAGCAGAAAGGCAGAAACACCGGGAGGUGGCCCUGUCAUCGGAGCCAUUGGGAACAGCUCGGCUGUGUCCCUCGAAACCCUGCACCAGCUGGCAGCCUCCUACUUCAUCGACAGAGAGAGCACGCUGAGGCGGCUGCACCACAUCCAAAUAGCCACAGGGGCCAUCAAGGUAACAGAGACCAGGACUGGUCCACUGGGCUGCAGCAACUAUGACAAUCUGGACUCAGUCAGCUCUGUCCUGGUUCAGAGUCCAGAGAACAAAGUACAGUUACUGGGCCUGCAGGUGCUGCUUCCUGAACACCUGCGUGAGCGGUUCGUGGCUGCCGCACUUAGCUACAUCACGUGUAGCUCUGAGGGCGAGCUUGUCUGCAGGGAGAAUGACUGCUGGUGCAAGUGCAGCCCCACUUUCCCAGAAUGCAACUGUCCUGAUGCUGAUAUCCAGGCUAUGGAAGACAGCCUGCUGCAGAUCCAAGACUCCUGGGCCACGCACAACAGACAGUUUGAAGAGUCAGAAGAAUUCCAGGCCCUGCUGAAGAGGCUACCCAGUGACCGAUUCCUGAAUUCCACAGCCAUCUCCCAGUACUGGACCAUGGACACUAACCUCCAGCACCGCUACCAGCAGCUGGGAGCCAGCUUGAAAGUCCUGUUAAAGAAGAUGCACCGCAUCGUUCGUCGCCUCUUCAAUCUCUGCAAGCGCUGUCAUCGGCAGCCUCGUUUCCGCCUGCCCAAGGAGAGAUCUUUGUCUUUCUGGUGGAACAGAAUCCAGUCUCUCCUCUACUGUGGAGAAAGCACCUUCCCUGGGACCUUCCUGGAGCAGAGCCACAGCUGCACCUGCCCCUAUGACCAAUCUUCCUGCCAGGGCCCCAUCCCAUGUGCCUUGGGCGAAGGGCCUGCAUGUGCCCACUGCGCUUCCGACAACAGCACUCGCUGUGGGAGCUGUAACCCUGGUUACGUGCUGGCCCAGGGACUGUGCCGGCCAGAGGUAGCUGAGUCCCUGGAGAACUUUCUGGGACUGGAAACAGACCUGCAGGACCUAGAGCUGAAGUACCUGCUGCAGAAGCGAGACAGCCGCAUCGAGGUACACUCCAUCUUCAUCAGCAAUGACAUGCGUCUGGGCAGCUGGUUUGACCCUUCCUGGAGGAAGCGGAUGCUGCUCACCCUGAAGAGCAACAAGUACAAGCCCGGGCUGGUGCAUGUGAUGUUGGCCUUGUCCCUGCAGAUCUGCCUCACUAAGAACAGCACCCUGGAGCCUGUCAUGGCCAUCUACGUCAACCCCUUUGGGGGAAGCCACUCUGAGAGCUGGUUCAUGCCGGUCAACGAGGGCAGCUUUCCAGACUGGGAAAGGACUAACGUGGAUGCAGCUGCUCAGUGCCAAAACUGGACUAUCACUUUGGGGAACAGGUGGAAAACUUUUUUCGAGACAGUCCAUGUUUACCUACGGAGCCGAAUCAAGUCCCUGGAUGACAGCUCCAAUGAGACAAUCUACUAUGAGCCCCUAGAGAUGACCGAUCCCUCCAAGAAUUUGGGCUACAUGAAAAUCAACACCUUGCAGGUCUUUGGCUACAGCCUGCCCUUUGACCCGGACGCUAUCCGAGACUUAAUCCUCCAGCUGGACUACCCGUACACUCAGGGUUCCCAGGACUCUGCGCUCUUACAACUCAUUGAGCUUAGAGACCGUGUGAACCAGCUCUCUCCGCCAGGCAAAGUCCGGCUUGACCUCUUCUCCUGCUUGCUCCGGCACAGGCUCAAGCUGGCCAACAACGAAGUCGGCAGGAUACAGUCCUCCCUGAGAGCUUUCAAUUCCAAGCUGCCAAAUCCCGUGGAGUAUGAGACAGGCAAACUCUGCAGCUAAUGGGAGACUACCCUGGCGCUGGUCAGACAGUUGCUCCACACAUUCAGGGUGCAAAAGAUAAUCCGAGCCCUCACCUCAGUGCCAACAGGGUGCUUCCAUGACCUCCAGCACCUGGGAGAUGGGAGCUCAAGGCUUGGACUGAAGCAGGCGAGAGACAAUGAAACAGCCACCGCGCACGCGCACACAGUCCCCCACCACACACACUCACAGGGAGGCCACAGCUCGGCAGCCUCGUAUCUGUAAAGCCGGUGCUCUCUGAAAUGAAUGCAUUUGAAGAAGAGCCAAGGAGGAGAUCAAAAGAACCCAUUCAGUCAUGAAAGAAACGAGUGAGAACGCGUCAGUGUGAUGCUUGUCAUCCAGGAUAGCGAGAGGGGACAAAAGUGGGAGGGUCGGGAUAUCUCCCCUCUGUGGAGUCACUUUUGUAUUCUUUUUAACCAGAUUUCUUAAAAUGUCGUUGUUCCGUGACUCCCUGCAUUGGUUCUUACUUUUUGUACACUGCCUCCCUGUACCCUGGGGGCCUGGGGUCGGCUGCUUGUGGUGCCACUCAGAAAGCGUAUGCAGUGCUACAGCAGAGAAACCACCGCUAGGGGCAGGCCGCAGCCUCCUCGCUCACUCCCUUACUUCUUCCUCCUGCCAGCCCCCUCACUGCCUUGGCCUCCCCAGUUUCAGAGUUUUGACUUGUUCCAAGAGCCCCUCCCAGUUCAUCCAGAGCCCUCUUCCCACAGCACCUAUCUGUCCAAGGAAGCAGUUUUGUCAAGUUAGAGAGACAAUGUAUAUGGAAAUGUUCUUUUUUUAAAAAAAAAAAACAACAAAACAAAAAAUAUUUAUUUUGUGAUUGUUUUUCUUGUCAGCCUUGCUCCAGUUACAUGAGCCUCUGAGUAAAAUUUUACUUGGUUUAACACCUUUUAAAGAUCCUUUUUAAGUGGGAAAAUGAAAGCGAAAAGAGAACCAUAGUUCCUCGGGUUGCGUGGAUGCUUAUUAUUGUUGCUGUUGUUGUCAUCCUGUGUCUGUGAGGGGGUGAGCACUGAUGAUGCACAUUGCCAUGUGGGAGGGUGGUUGAUGGACCCUGGGGGCGGGAGAAAAAGAGAGAGAGAGAGAAGAGAGAGUGUCAGCACAGGCCCUGGCACCAGGAUAUCCUUUUAUCAUGUCAGAGGAUUGAAAGUUCUUGCUCUCAGAAAAGCUGCAGCCUUAAGGCUGAAAGCUUCUGAGAGGGGCUCCAUGUUGCCAGUGCUCCUGUGGACAUCCGGAGGCUUUCCUGUGUUCCACAUCUGAUGGUCUAGGAUCACCCUUCACGGCAGCUGACACAGAUGCAAAUGUGGUAUUUGGUCUCCUCCAUUCUGCCAACCUCCACAUUCUGGACAGAUGAUGCAUGCCUCUCUGCCCAGCAACCCCUCACAGCAGUAGGGGAUUACCCACAGCAUAUUAUGUACAGAACGAUUUCUCUUUCUACAUGCUUCACGUCCUCAGUGCAAUGUGUCAGUACAACCACCCCAUUUUUAUUCAGAGCAAAUCACCACAGAAAUACUGUCUCAUUCUGUAGCUGUGGUGCAUGUUGGCUGGUGGAAGAUGAUGUGAGAGGCAAUGACAAGGUAGUCCCAUCUGUCCAAGAAAGAGUCUUUUAUGCUCAUUGUUGCAUAUAGAAGAAUAUGAUGCUAUAUUUAAUUAUUAUAGCAUCUUUCAAUUACAGCAACAACAGCAAAAAUCCAUGGUAGGUAAGUGGCCUGAGGCACAUCUUCACAACUUCCCCUAAAAGCUUUAAGGGUAGGAAUCCAGAGUGCUGGGAUUAUUGGGGGUGAAUACAGCUAUAUGCUGUCUAGUCUUAGCUCAAACCACUUCUUGCUCUGUGGGGUUUAUACCAAGCUUCUCAGCUGAGGGAAAUAGAACCAGCAGAUGACAUCUUCAUCAAUGAGAGUUCUGAGAAGUACCAGAGGAGGGUACUCUUAGAGAGAAGAGGGUUGCUAAUGUCAGGGAGGUUUUGAUAUAUGCCAACGACCGGCUUUGAAAGGCAUAAGGCAGACAGUGGAGUCUGCUUUUAGCACUCCAAAAGUUCCUGUCUACAUGCUGUACGAGUGGGUGGACAGAACCUUCCACUCAUAAAUUACGGGCACACUUUUUAUGUGGCAAAUUGUCAGCCGCUGUGCAUAGCAGAACUCAGAGUGGGAAGACAGAAAUUGGGAAUCUUUUGUGCGUGAAGUUAACAGUGUGGAGCCCUAGCAGAGAAGCACGAUUUCCUCUGUAGGAAGUGAAUGAGCAUACAGAGAUAUAGGUUUCCCUUGGGUCAGUCCCACCAUUGUGCUGAGGGUGGGGAGACCUCAGCCCUAAGCCCCUGAAACAGCCAUCAAAAUAGGCUACAGUGUUGCGAGCAAAAAUGUUCUUAUUUGAGAGAUGAAGGACGUGUUGGGAAUCUCUGAUAGUCUGAUAGUGUGAGAUGUUAUGGUUUCAGGAAUGUACCUAUUACAGAGAUUUUAUUCCUUGCCUGCUGAAAGCUUUAAACUAUAAAGGUGAGUGUGUCAGUUGCAUCCAAAAGUCCUACGCUUUAUCAGUGUCCCUAUGAUCUCAGGUACAAGAAACAAUGAUGGACAUCUGGGUAAACACUAAAUUUAAGAGUAGACAUUUGACUAGUUUGCCUACUCAUUUGUUUUGGAGCUGGGAUGGAGUCUUAUGGAGUGCCUGGUUGGAAGGGUUUGGAUUAAAGCAGCAGACCAAAGAUUUUGUUCCUAGAAGACAGAAAGAAAUAAGGGAGGGGCAUAGCAGGUGAGCAAGGCCACUUCAGACCAGGGGUUCUUAACCUGUGGGGAAAUCCUGUAUAUCAGAUAUUUACAUUACAAUUUAUAACAGCUGAAAAUUUACAGUCAUGCAGUAGCCAUGGAAUUAUUUUAUGCUUGGGGAUUACCACAACACGAGGAACCGUAUUAAAGGGCCACAUCCUUAGAAAGGUUGGGAACCUCUGCUUAAGAGGAAGCUUUAAAGGCUGCCUUUAAAGCUUAGUUAUUCAUAGAGUUUUUCACAAAACUAGGUUGUGAAAUUUUUUUUUAAGAAAAGGAUGCCCAUUGUUGAAGAUUUUACCUUGUACAGUCUUUGAGAAUCUAAAGAAAUGAGCCCCCUAUUCUCAGACACAUUUGCAAAUAAAGAAUUAUCAUUAAUUAGUACUGGUUUGUCAAUAUUGGUGA